AUGGCUUCUAACAAGCAAUUUUUCAUUACCCUCGCUAUCGUUGCGAUUAUCCUUCCUUCCAUUGCGUCGGCUACUGAUUACACAGUCGGCGAUGACAGUGGCUGGAAAAACGGUUUCGAUUAUGCUGCAUGGGCUAAAGAUAAACAAUUCUAUGUCGGAGAUACCUUAUUAUUUAAGUAUGAGGCUGGAUCUCACAAUGUUCUCAAAGUCAAUGGAACUGGAUUCAAAGAGUGCAUUAAACCAGAUCCAACCUUAGCUCUCGCCACCGGAAAUGAUGUAAUUACCCUUGCCACCUCAGGAAGAAAAUGGUACAUCUGUGGUAUAAAACAACAUUGUGCUGGCGGACAAAAGCUAUUCAUCACUGUCCAAGAUGGCGCCGCUCCACAACCUGCACCGUGGAGUUCGGCCAAUGGGAUCUUAGCUUCCGGAUAUCAAAUGGUUUUCAUCGCUAUGGUUGCUAUUGGCGCCAUGUUUGUGAUGGUUUGAUUGAUCGAAAGCCUUACCAAAUGGUUCUCAUCGCGGGUUACUAAUUAUGGUGUGAUUCUUUGUCAUUUCAAUUAUUCUAGUAUUAUGUUUUAUUUUGAGUGUUUAUAAGGAAAAUAAAGGUCCUUGCGGAUUGUAAUUUGUUGUUUGAAAUUUUAUGAUUUAUAGCUUUA